AGCACAUCCUAGAAGCAACAGAUGGAGAGGAUACAGCCAUGAUCAGGGAGUUUUGGAGAAACUACAGCAUCAUGGAUGCUGUAGACAACAUUGCGGUAGCUUGGGAGGAGCUCAGACCAGCAACAAUGAACAGUGUGUGGAAGAAGAUUUGGCCAGAGUGUGUUCAGUUCCAGAGUGUUUCCCAAACAGAUAACAUUGUACAGCUUCAACAAAAUAUUGUGACCCUUGCCAAGAAUGUGGCUUUUGAAGAGGUUGUAGAAGCUGAUGUGGACCAGUUGCUGAGGUCCCAUGAGGAAGAUCUCUCAAAUGAGGAGCUGAUGCAGCUGGAACAGGAGCCUGCAGGAGAGGAGGAGAGUGAAGAUGCUCCACCUGCCCUGCGCCAGUUAACCACAGGAGAGCUGUCAGCAGCCUUCUCACAUUUCGAGGCAGGCUUGCAAGUCCUUACCAGUAACAGCCCUGAUGACGAGUGGAAACUGCAAGUUUCAAGAGCAAUCAAUGAUGCAAUAAACUGCUACAGGGACCUGUACAAGGAGAAAAAGCGACGCUCAAAGCAACUCUCUUAGGUCAGUUUUCAGUGGUGUAACCAAACGUUCAUCAAAAUACAGC